AUGGCUACAAGCCCUGAAAGGCUAUCAAUCGAUCAAUGUGAUAAGCAAGUGGCUAGUCGGCAAACCAGAGGAGAUAGUACACAAUUUCAGUUUGGAUUCAAUAUGUUUCACGAAAUAGGAAGAUCUUUUAAUAUGACCUACCGAUGUUAUUCCGUCUCCAUGUUACCAGGAAAUGAGAGACAAGAUGUUGAAAGGGGCGGAAAAAUUAUAAUGCCUCCAUCAGCAUUAGAACAACUAACUCGUCUUAAUAUUGAGUACCCAAUGAUAUUUAAGUUGACAAAUAAAAAAACGAAAAGGAUCACACAUUGUGGUGUUUUAGAGUUUGUUGCAGAUGAAGGGAGAGCCUAUCUACCUCACUGGAUGAUGACAAAUUUAGUACUAGAAGAAGGUUCAUUAUUACAAAUAGAAAGUGUAUCUCUACCUGUGGCUACAUUUUCAAAAUUUCAACCCUUGUCUGAAGAUUUCCUUGAUAUAUCAAAUCCCAAAGCAGUGCUUGAAAACUGCUUAAGGAACUUCUCAUGUCUGACAACAGGUGAUGUGAUUGCAAUCAAGUACAAUUCAAAGGUUUAUGAGCUCUGUGUCUUGGAAACUAAGCCUGGUAGUGCUGUUAUAAUUAUUGAGUGUGAUAUGAAUGUUGAAUUUGCACCGCCAGUUGGCUAUAAGGAAGAGGAACAUAUUUCAAGAAAUGAUGGUAAUGCUGACACAGAAAUGGAGGAAGAUAGUCAAGUUAUGAUGCCAGAACCAAGUGGCUUUAUAGCUUUUAAGGGUGAAGGCAAUAGAUUAGAUGGCAAGAAAAAAAAGUUAACAAGUGAGAGUGAUUCAGAACCUCAGGCAUCAGGUUCAAGACAGAUGCCAUUUGUACGUGGUAUACCAGAUUAUGACUAUGUGAUUGGAACUUUAAAAUUCAUACGAAAUUCUCGACCUUCAAAUUCAAAGGAAGAAGCACCUGCAGAACCAUUCCAAGCAUUUAAAGGAGAAGGCUUUACAUUAAGAACAGCUAAAACUAAAAAUUGA